AAUGAUAAAAUAGGUAACUUACUUAUCGAUAACUGGUUAUUACAUUGGUAAACAAGAUUUUAUCAGUAAAAACUAUUUUUCCUUACACAAAUAUUAUCAAUGAGGAAACAAACUCGUUUAAUCUGACCCUUAGCCUAUGAUAAAUACGAUAGUGCAAGGCCAUAGCAGUGGCUGCCACGUAGCUAUAAUGCAUUUAAAUAAGAACAUUUCAAUUAUUUCACAAUCGACUUAACAGAAGAACCUGAUCAACAUGGCAACUAUUCGCUUAGGACAAAUAUUAUUUUCUCGCGUUUCUAACACUAUUAGAAAACCACAACAAUGCUCAUCUUUGAUCAAAUAUUAUUCUUGUGCAUCGGCUUCAUAUGGACUUGGUAAAGACCUAAAGCAAUGCACCCAAAGGCCCAUUUUCUCAAAUUGAGCGCCAAGAAUUUUAGGAUCACUGACCAA